UUAUUAGUGAUAAAGUCCAUAUCGUACUAAUGAAUAAGUUUAGUUGACAUUAUUCUUAACCUUGUACAAUCAUUUCCAUACUCUAUACUUAUCUUAAUUCGAUUUUAUAUUAGAUUUCAACUGUAACUCAUAUUUAUUAAUAUUUUUAGAUCUAAUGUAAUAAUGAUUUAGAUGCACAAUUGGUCAGUUAACAAAAAGAACUUUAAGACUUUAAAAUGGCAACUGUUAUAAAAGCAUUUAAAGGUUUAAAUACCGUAAAUACUGUAAUAAAGUCUUUAGCAAAUCUGUCGUUAAACAAAAGCAUUUCUUCGUCACAUUUUAUUCCACAAAAAAUAUUAAGCGUUCAUAGAUGUGCUUUUUUACACACAACAUCAAAAAAAUAUGAUCUUAUGGAAUUCUUUGACGAUCCAAAGAAUUGGCCGAAAGAUACAGUUAAAGUUGGUCGCUCAUGGUCAGAAGAUGAAUUACGAAUCAAAAGUAAUGAGGAUUUACAUAAAUUAUGGUAUGUUUUAUUAAAAGAGCGAAACAUGCUCUUAACUAUGGAACAUGCAUGUAAUGAUGAGUAUGUAAUCUUUCCAAAUCCUGAAAGAUACGAUAAAGUUGAAGAAAGUAUGAAGAAUCUUGAAAAUGUUGUUCGUGAAAGAAAUGAGGCUUUUUAUUUCUUAGAAACUGGAGAAAGUGGAGAACGACCUUCUGUAUAUGUUAACAAUAUCUUAGGUUUGAAACAAUGUUACAAAUUAUGUCAACAUAUUAUACCAAAAUAUUGUAAUUUAUCUUGGAAAGAGAAACAUAGAUUUGGAUUUAAUGGAUAUGCAGUUCGAAAAUUUUUGCGCCUAUAUCGUGAAAAACUUUGGAAUAUAAAACGAAAAAAUCGCAAUCGUGAAAGCAAUGCUGCAAUUACAUUACUUAAAAAGUUUCCUGAUUUGGAUAUAGAGGCACUUAAACAUAAAUAUCCAUCUAUAGAUAUAAAUAAAGUUUUAAGACAUAACAAAUUGAAAGGUGUAAGACGUAAAUCUUAUAUUGUGUAAUAUUUUUUAAAAUUAUAUUCAAUAUAUGUAAACAAUUAA